AUGUCACGCUUCAGCUUCGACGCAUCUGCCUCACGCAAUGAAACGCUGUGUUUUGAAAGCCCGGUUGACGUUAAACCCCUUCAUAGGAACCGAGCACUCUCAAUCCGCUCCAACAAGUCCAGCAAGGCCAAGGGGAGCUCAGGUGCCUCUUCUGGUGGUGCCAAGCAUGGCUUCUCCUUCAACUCACUCCGCGGCCAGGUCCAGCCUGAGCUGUCUCGUAAGCUCUUCCGUCUGAUCAAAUCCGAGAACAACCUUAUUGGCGCCCACGAGACGGCCGGCCGUGAACGAGUGUCUAUCGCAACUCAGCUGUCAGAAUGGGGUGAGCACACUGGAGAUGACAGCAUUAGCGACAUCUCAGACAAGGUAGGAGUUGUCUUGAGUGAGAUGGGUGAACAGGAAGAUGCAUACGCCCAUGCUCUCGAUGAUUCUCGUGCUUAUCUGAAGGCUAUCCGAAACACCGAGAAGAGCGUGCAGCCUAGUCGAGAAAACAAGGACAAGAUUGCCGAUGAGAUCCAGAAGUUGAAGUUGAAAGAGCCUGGUAGCACAAGGCUGCCUGUUCUCGAGCAGGAGUUGGUGCGAGCCGAGGCUGAGAACCUUGUAGCAGAGGCCCAACUCACAAACAUCACCCGACAGAAGCUCAAGGAGGCCUAUGCUGCCGAGUUUGCUGCCACUAUCGAACGCGCUGAGAAGCAAAUUAUUCUUGCUAAGCACGGUCGCCGUCUAUUGGAACUCCUCGACGACUCUCCCGUGGUGCCUGGCGACACCCGAACGGCAUAUGGUCAUUCUUCCCAGGCCCGUCAAAUCCUCAACGACGCCGAGGACGACCUUAAAGACUGGCGACCCGAGCCUGAGUCAUUCUCUACUCCCAUCCAGGGCCGGUCCCCAACCCUAGGAGGAAAGGGCAAGGAGCCACUGCAAGCUGAAGAGACAUUGUCUCCUGUUCAAUCUGAGGCUCCCACAUUGGAAUCCGAGACAUCUCCCCAGGAGCAAAGGGGUAUUAAGUCCUCCGUUUAUGCUGAGGUCGCUGGCUAA